CAAGCUAAAAUCUCAAGAUGAAAAUCAUCUUUAUCUUGUUCUACGCCAUCACUUCAACCUGGUGUCAAGAUGAAACAGUGUUCCACUGCUCUCCUAGACCCGGUUGUGAGAUAGCACGAUGUGACCCGGUUGCUAUAGGAUGGGACAGACCAGGUUUCAACAUUGAUGAACAUCUUCGUGACAAAGAAUUUCCAAUAACAUGCAAAUCUAAGAAACCGGCACAAACCCAGAAUACUGUCAACCUGUUUCAUUUGGUAUCAAGGAAUAUUUUAGAUAUCGAGAAUGUUAAGUUAGAUUUAAAAGAACUGGAAGAGGAUCUCAAUGAUAAAAUGAAAAACAUUAACGGUUUUGGAAAGGAAAUAUCUGAAAGUCGCAAGUAUCGGAACAAAAUUGAAGAACAAUCAAAAGAAUUUAACAAUCUCAAAAGAAAAGACACACAACAAUCUGAUGAAAUGAAGAAAUUGAAGGAAGAUUUGGUUGAAGUACAAGAAUUUAAUAGCAAGUUGUUAGAAGAAUUGAAUAAACAAAAGAAAACUAACGAUGAGAUGAAAGAAGCAAUUUCUCGGAUUGAACAAAAACUUGCUGUAACAGAGGAUCCUCAGCAACGUCAACCUAGAUCUAGCCAGAUCACCCGCCCAACAAUAAAUACUCAAACAACAUUGAAACCAACUAUUUCUCAAGAAAUCUGCAAAUUGAAGAUUGGAAAUGUUUGUUAUUUCGCUGUGAUCUCUGGUAAAGAUCGUGUCAAUUACUACCAAGCAGUUGAGCUCUGCAAGGAACGUAACGCAGAUGUUGGUUCGAUCCGAGAUGAAGAAUCAUACAAUGCGAUUAUGAAAUUUUUGAAGAGUAACAUUCCAAUGGAAGAUUCAUGGGUUUGGAUAUGGACAGGAAUCCACUUUGAUCCGAUUGUUAGUAACUUAUAGUUAUGCUAUUUAUACUCGUGUGAACAAAUAUGAAUGUGACAGUUUUGUUAAAGCCAGAAUACGCAGACAGUAUCAGUAUUCUUACGAUUACAUUGGAGAUUGUUUUUAGUCGUUAGGGUCAAAUUGAACAGUGUAAUAGUUUUGGACAAAUCGUCUCACCGCGUGAACUUGAAGUUUUAUUUCUAACACAUGAAAUACUAAAAAAACUACCCUACAAUUUACCAGACAUCCUGUAUAAUAUUUUGAAUUGUGGACGAUAAAUAUAGGGUUAUUUUUGAUAUCGAUUAGAAUGCACGAUCAUAUGAUGAAUGCCAUAUAUUCAAUAUUUUUUCAGACUAGUGACGUCACACCUGCGGAUUCAUUUAUUAAAUGGUAUCCAGGUAAUCCAUCUUCGGGAAUUGAUUAUAAGGAUCGUACAAAUGUUUAUCUUAGUGUUCAAUCCAAUCCGAAUGAUCUCUAUCAAGGGAUGUGGAAUGUUCAUCCUACCUGGGAGUAUCAUGGAGUUAUUUGUGAGAUCCUGAUCUAACGUCUUACUCGUUGCAUUUGCUCUCUCUUGAACCGUCAUAAGUAAAAUAUAAAUCAUAGAUCCAUCAUUUUAAAUUUAAAUAGCUACCACAGCAAUUAUUCGAUAACUUGAUUUGAUGUUCAAAACUCAUUAUUUGCUUGAUUGAAAUUUUGAAAUAUACUCACUCCACGUAAGCCAAUGAAUGAUUCCCAAUUUUUGUUUUAAAAUUUCCAACAUUGCAAAUUUUUUUUUUAGAAUACAGAUAUAUUUUACUAAUUACCCAUGAUCCAGAUUUCGGUGAAAGAUAAUGUUGCUUAUCUAACUACUUUGAGUUCAUAAAAUAUAAGUUUAUGUGAAAUUUGGAGAUGUGAAUGCUUAAUUUACGUAAUUGUGAAAAUUCUAGGAUAAAAACAUUAUAAGGUUGCUCCAUUCAUUUGAAAUAAAUUCAACUUCUGUG